CCAGAAAUAGGGUUGAAUUUAAAAUUUUGUGGUUUUAAAGAAGGCUUAAGGGGUGAAUUAGUGUGAUGUGAAGAGAAGCUAACCGCCUGGUUCUCCGGCAGUCUAACCACAGACCACCCCCAUUCCCCCAGCCUUAGGGGAGGGAGUCUUUAAUACCGGUCUGUGUAAACUGAUGCCCAGGCGGAAUGAGCUCGAAGAAGCGCCGCGCGCACCAGUUAAAGCGAAGCCAGGAGCCGCCCCAAAGGGCAGCUCCCUACACAAAAAAGUUGCUUCAGUCGACCCACCGAUCUGGGCGGCCUCGAUGGCCCUGCUGGCGCGAGUCCUGAAAGCCCGUGGGAGCCCGGCGCCCGGGCGCUGGGGGCUCCUGGACGCCGGGGCCCCGCGGCGGUGGCGGCCCGAGGGCGCUCGGCUGUCGGCGGGGGCGCGGGCCGAGGACAAAGGAGCUGGCCGGCGGGGGGCGCCGCGGGCCGCGGGCCGGACCGAGGGGCCCAGGAGCCUCGCCGCUAUGCCGGGCCCCCACCCCCUCGCCAACCUGGUGGAGUUCUUCUGGAAGGACGGCUUCGGCCGCAUCCACGAGAUCCAGCAGAAGCACACACGGGAAUAUGGAAAAAUCUUCAAGUCUCACUUUGGUCCUCAGUUUGUAGUAUCUAUUGCAGACCGAGACAUGGUGGCUCAGGUGCUCCGGGCAGAGGGGGCUGCGCCCCAGAGAGCCAACAUGGGGUCCUGGCAGGAGUACCGACACUUACGAGGGAGAUCCACCGGGCUCAUCUCGGCGGAGGGUGAACAAUGGCUCAAGAUGAGACGUGUAUUGAGACAAAGAAUUCUGAAACCGAGAGACGUGGCCAUUUUUUCAGGAGAAAUCAACCAAGUUAUUGCAGAUUUAAUUAAAAGAAUCUACAUCCUCAGGAGCCAGGCCGAAGAUGGAGAAACUGUGACCAGUAUCAAUGACCUUUUCUUCAAAUAUUCAAUGGAAGGAGUGGCCACCAUCCUGUAUGAGAGCCGCCUGGGCUGCCUGGAAAACAGCGUCCCGCAGCUGACCGUGGACUACAUCGAGGCGCUGGGGCUCAUGUUCAGCAUGUUCAAGACCUCCAUGUACGCGGGCGCCAUCCCCCGGUGGCUCCGCCCCUUCGUCCCAAAACCCUGGAGGGAAUUCUGCAGGUCCUGGGACGGACUCUUCAAAUUCAGCCAGAUCCACGUGGACAAUAAGCUGAGGGACAUACAGUGCCACAUGGACCGAGGGGAGACAGUGAGGGGCGGGCUGCUCUCUUGCCUUUUCCUCAGUCAGGAGCUGACACUGGAGGAGAUCUACGCCAACAUGACCGAGAUGCUGCUGGCGGGCGUUGACACGACAUCGUUCACAUUAUCCUGGGCAGUGUAUCUCCUUGCGAGGCACCCAGAAGUGCAGCAGACCGUGUAUCGGGAGAUAGUUAAGAAUUUGGGGGAAAGACAUGUCCCAACGGCAGCCGAUGUCCCCAAAGUCCCAUUGGUCAGAGCUCUGCUGAAGGAAACCUUGAGGCUGUUUCCAGUGCUUCCAGGGAAUGGCCGAGUCACCCAGGAAGACCUGGUUGUUGGCGGGUACCUGAUUCCCAAAGGCACCCAGCUGGCCCUCUGCCACUAUGCCACUUCCUACGAGGAUGAGAACUUCCCUCGGGCCAAGGAGUUCCGGCCGGAGCGCUGGCUGCGGAAAGGAAGCCUGGACCGAGUGGACAACUUUGGGUCCAUCCCCUUUGGGUUCGGGGUUCGGAGCUGCAUCGGGCGGAGAAUUGCAGAACUGGAAAUCCACCUCGUCGUGAUCCAGUUGCUUCAGCAUUUUGAGAUCAAGACAUCUUCUUGGACUAAAGCAGUUCCUGCCAAAACCCACGGGCUUCUGACGCCAGGGGGGCCCAUCCACGUGCGUUUUGUUAACAGAAAGUGAUCCUGGAUUUUUAAACCCAGCCAGCUGCCUGCCACAAACCAGUGUCAACUGAUGAUGGUGGAGGAAGGAAACCGUCACUUUCAGAGGCUGUCUUGGGGAUAAGCUGGCCUCCCUCCGUGUUUUGCAAGACUCAUAAAUCUUUAGGCAAAGUAAUGUGAAAAGAUUGUUUGGCUUUUGCAAACCAGAGCUGCCUUUUUUGGGGAAAUGGCUGUUUAAAAACCAGUGGCACUGAAUUCUCACGUCUCCUAUGUGGUCUUACUUGAUAUUCAGUUAGGCGUAGUCUCCUAUGCAUUUAUGCAAGGAAAUGUUGGCUUGCUUAUAAAUUCAGUGCUUGAAUAUAUGUUCUGUAAUGCUGCACCAGGACCCUGUCAGGAGGCGAGCUCAACUUAUUGUUUCUAAUGUGACGAGGAAACGUGUCUCUGUAAGACCACAAUUAUGGGAAAAAUUGAAUUGACAAUUGAAUGAACAAUUGAAAGAACAAUGAAUUGAACUUAUGGGAAGAAAGCGCCAGAGUCAACAUUUUAUCCUGAGCAGGGCUCAAAGUUAAAAGAACCAUAUUCUUACUUUUCUCUCCAAACUAGUGCUUCCUUUUCCAGUGAUGGCUCCUAAAGAAGUUGAAUGUUAGUUUUUGUUUAAAAGAAAUAAUCAAUAAAAUAGAGAACUCCUGGUGAAACCAAGAAUAAUUGGGUUUUCUAACCGAGUGUAAACACUGAGCAGAUGUAUAAGAAAGAAAACCUGACAGGGUGUAAUGUCGUGGUCUCAGCUGAGAAAAAUGAAUUACAGAAGCAUUGUGGAAAACAGAGUAACUUUAGUACAUUUUUAUUGCGAGGAAAAAUAAACAUGUAAAUGGACAUGCUGUAGAUAAAAUAAUAUUUUUAUCUUCAUGGUGUUAGUUUAAAGAUCUGGACUGGAAACGUGAUCCAGCGGCUGGUGCUUAUGUAAGGCUCCAAGUGGAUGCCUUGGGCCUCGGCACUGUUCGCUCGUGCCAAGUUCUGCUGCCUCUCCUGCUACUUGCUGGUUGCUAAUAAGAAAAAACACCAUUUGAUAACAUUCUCUCUGCAUGGUCGUGCUUGAAACUGCUUGUUCUCAAUCCCAUAAAUCUUUGCCCAUAACGCUUCCCCCAAAUCACUUCCCUACGAAUACAUACCGUACGUCUCCCCUGCCUUUAGUUAGUCGGGCUGCAAAAUAACCCUCCAGUAAAGUAGAAAUCAUAUUCAUUUCACAUACUGUUUUUGUUAAAGUAUGUAACAAUAUUAAGUCUGUGUGAGAAGACAGAAUAACUGUAGUAUGAGAGCUGUAAAAAUAUGUACAGUUAAAUAUGAAAUGAUGUCCUAAUAACUGACAAAAUGUUGGAUUACUUUGAGGUAUGUAAGCUUUUAUAAACCAGCUAUGAUUCUAUUCUGUUUGUGACUGAAAUUAAAAAGAAUUGAGACUAA